CAGGAGAAACACAGAGCUUCUUCUCAAGUGUGUUCACUCCUCUUACCUUGAACUAAUCAAUUUCUUUCCUCUUCACUCCUCCUCUUUUCCUUUAAUCCUCCUCCCACUGCUAGCCGGAAACAAUGGAGGGAAAAGGGUGUUUGGGUAAUUUCAUGCAUAGGUGUAAGCCCUACAUAGCCAUUAUGUCUCUGCAGUUUGGAUAUGCCGGCAUGAACAUCAUCACCAAGGUCUCUCUGAACAGGGGAAUGAGCCACUACGUGCUUGUCGUCUAUAGACACGCCUUUGCCACUGCCGCUAUUGCUCCCUUCGCUCUCGUUCUUGAAAGGAAAGUGAGGCCAAAGAUUACUUUUCCAAUUUUCUUGCAAAUUUUCGCUCUGGGUCUCCUUGGGCCGGUGAUUGAUCAGAACCUCUACUAUGCGGGGCUGAAAUUCACAUCGCCAACCUUCUCCUGUGCCAUGAGCAACAUGCUUCCUGCAAUGACAUUCCUGAUGGCAGUUCUAUGCAAAAUGGAGAAGGUUGACAUCAGGAAGGUGAGAUGUCAAGCGAAGGUGGUGGGAACAGUGGUGACGGUAGGCGGAGCCAUGCUGAUGACUCUGUACAAGGGAGACGUGGUGAACAUGGUGUGGUCUAGCCACAUCCAUCCUCCUACAUCAUAUUCACCGACGACUGUUGCUGCCGCCGGUACUACAGACAGAGACUGGCUUAAAGGCUCCAUUCUCCUCAUCAUUGCCACCCUCGCAUGGGCUUCUUUCUUCAUCCUUCAGGCCAUUACGAUGAGGAGGUACUCUGCUCAGCUCUCCCUCACUGCCCUCGUCUGCUUUACGGGCACCCUGCAGUCCAUUGCUGUCACCUUUGUCAUGGAGCACACCUCCGCUGUUUGGGCCAUUGGAUGGGACAUGAACCUUCUUGCUGCUGCCUAUGCUGGGAUAGUGUCAUCAGGCAUUGCAUACUAUGUGCAAGGGUUGGUGAUGCAGAAAAGAGGGCCUGUGUUUGUGACUGCGUUCAGCCCACUUAUGAUGAUCAUUGUGGCAAUCAUGGGCUCUUUCAUCCUCGCUGAAAAGAUUUAUGUUGGAGGAGUUUUGGGCGCCAUUGUGAUAGUAGUAGGACUGUACUCGGUGCUGUGGGGGAAAUACAAGGAGUACAAAGAGCAGGAAGCAGAAGUGAUGCCGGAACCGGUGAAGCAGAGUGGCGGAGAGAUGGGGCGGUCGGCGCCGAUGCCGACCGUGAUUGAAGACGUCGACAUUGAAGCUGCAAAUAAUGACAGUACUCAUGAUCAUGAACUGCGGAAGAAUGAAACAAACAAGGGUUCUGUGGCUACCUUUGCCAUUAGUGUUCCAAUUCCACAGGUUCCCAUGAUUGCCGUGGAAGCACCAAAAGCUUAGAGAGAGAAAGAGAGAGAGAGACUAAUAAUUGUUGGUGAAAUGACUAAUUAGGGUGCGCCACAUAAGGGAGAAUGAGGGGCUUUUUUGUACUCACAGCUUCUUUUCUCUUUUUUUUGUUUUUAUUUUCUUUUUUCUUUUUUUUUUGGGGGGAUAAAUUAUAAAUUAUGGUCUUCGUUGUCUUCCAUGGAAACUUAUAUAAUCAAAUUAGAAUUGUAAAUUGCAAAA